AUGACCGCGUCCAACAUCCCGUUCAACGUAUCGGAGCACUACAAGGUCCAUGAGGUCAUUGGCGAGGGAGCGUCGGCUGUCCACAUUGCCUCGGGCACAAAGGUCGCCAUCAAGCGUAUUACGCCGUUCGACCAUGCCAUGUUCUGUCAGCGCACUCUGCGCGAGAUCAAGCUGCUCAGGCAUUUCCGUCACGAAAACAUCAUCGCUAUCCUUGACAUUAUCGCGCCGCCGUCCUACGAGCAGUUCCAUGAGGUUUACCUUGUUCAGAGCAAGGACUGGGAGCUGGAGCUGACAAAACAGGAGCUGAUGGAGACUGAUCUGACGCAGGAGCUCUCUGACGAUCACUGCCAGUACUUCCUCUACCAGACGAUCCGCGGCCUCAAGGCACUCCACUCUGCCAACGUCCUCCACCGCGACCUUAAACCCUCCAACCUUUUGCUGAAUGCCAACUGCGACCUGAAGAUCUGUGACUUUGGACUGGCUCGCUCGGCUGCGCUGCCGCCUCCUGACGCCGGACCGAACGGCGGCAAUGGCUUCAUGACGGAGUACGUCGCGACGCGCUGGUACCGUGCUCCCGAGGUCAUGUUGUCGUUCCAGGAAUACUCGAAGGCGAUUGACGUCUGGAGUGUUGGCUGUAUUCUUGCUGAGAUGACCUCUGUUCCCGGGACGAGACUACCACCACCAGCUGUCUCUCAUCCUCGAGUGCCUCGGCACGCCGACGAUGGACGACUUCAACGAGAUCACGUCACCGCGCUCGAAGGACUACCUGCGCGCACUGCCGUUCCACCGCAGGCGGGAUCUGCGCGAGAUGUGUCCCAAGGCCAAGCCGAAUGCGCUCGACCUCAUGCGCAAGUGUCUCACGUUCUCGCCGCGGAAACGUAUCAGCGUCGAGCAGGCCCUCGAGCACCCCUACCUGGAGCCGUAUCACGACCCGUCCGACGAGCCAGCGCGGACCCGCUGCAGCCCGACUUCUUCGACUUUGAGAACCGCCAGUCCCCGCCCAGCCGCGAGACGCUGAAGCGUCUCAUCUUCUCCGAGAUCCAGCGUCCGCUCGGGGACAACUAG